AUGACUUCACCUGAAUGGACCAAAUCAGCGCCCUGGAUAUGGUUGCCAACACAUCACGAAGAUGAAAGUCAACCAGGUCGGUACUUUCUUUUCCGCAAGAGUUUCGUCUGGACCAAGCCCCACGGACUUGAUGAUUUCCAAAUCAACAUCUCAGCCGAUAGUCGCUACCGCCUCUUCGUCAAUGGCCACCGCGUGAGCUUUGGUCCUUGUAAGAGCUAUCCUGAGCGUUGGCAUUAUGAGACUGUGGAUAUUUUGCCUUUCCUGGUCGAAGGCGAAAACACCAUUAGCGCACGAGUGUUGAGAUACUCGUGUGUUCAUGCUGGUUCGUCGUCUAUCAUCAGCACUGAGCUUCCGGGGUUCCUUGUGCAUGGCGAGAUCGAGGGCUUUUCGCUUUCUACAGACUCUUCGUGGAAGUGUCUACAGGAGAGCAGUCGGCAAAUUAUACCCCACUCUGAGUGGAACUAUAUCCUUGGACCCCCAUUCAUGUCCAACAAUGAACGGGUAUCGGAAGAUACAACCCUUUCAGGGUGGACAUUGCCAGCCUUCGAUGACUCCAGCUGGCAGAAUGCUGUCUCAGCAUUCCGUCCAGUGAAGAUGCUGCCAAUGCAGAGUCCAUGGAAAUUGACCCCGCGAUCUAUCCCCAUGCUCCCCGAGGUUGAGGGAUUAUUUGAUGGAAUUGUGAAAUGCGACGGGCCGAUCGCUCACAAUCAAUGGACCGACUUUAUCAGAGAGGGUACCCCCGUGAACAUUCCUGCCGGAGAAAGUGUCACCGUGGACAUCGAAUGCCAAUCAUUGACAACGGCAUUUGUGAAUCUUCAAUGCGAAGGUGGAUCAGGGUCAAUCAUCACACUCCUCUAUGCCGAGUGCUACGAGAAAGACCUCGGUGUCGAGACGGCCCCAUUCCCCAUGGCGCGCACCAAAUCUCUCCGAUCAGACAGCAGCGGUCGGCUUUAUGGCGUGAAAGACGUAUACACAGUGACUGAAGGAGGCGAUCAAACGUUUGAACCAUUCUGGUUCCGCGCAUUCCGAUAUAUCCAGUUACAUAUUCAGACCUCCAACCCCCUGACACUCAAAGCAUUCACAUACCGAGAAACAUCCUACCCACUCGAGAUCACGACUCAAAUCCAAGCCGGGCCUGAACUUAACCAGAUCUGGGAUAUCAGUCUACGCACCUUACAGAACUGUCGACAUGAAACAUACGAAGACUGUCCAUUCUACGAACAGAACCAGUUCGCCUCCGAUUCCCGGCUGCAAAUGCUAUUCACCUACCAAAUUUCCAUGGACGACCGUCUUGCACGCAAGACAAUGGAAGAGUUCCACGCCAGUCGAUGUCCAGACGGUCUCAUCAAAGCCCAAUUCCCCUCCGGGUUCCGCAGCAAGCAAAUCCCGCAAUUUUCCCUCUCCUUCGUAGCAAUGGUAUGGGACCACAUGCAAUAUUUCAGCGACAGCAAGCUCGUCCGUCGAUAUCUGAGCACAAUAGAUGGAAUCCUGCACCAUUUCGACGAACGCGUCAAUCCCCUCGGGCUCGUUGGUCAAUUCGAUGACGAUACCUGGCCAUUCAUCGACUGGGUGCCUGAAUGGACAGUGCCGGGAAAGAUCUUCCAAUCCUGUAUGCCACCAGCAUACCACACGGGUGCAGCAACCAUCAACAGUCUACUGUAUAUUAUUGCAUUAAUGCAAGCGGCAGAAUUGUGCGAGUUCGCAGCACGGCCAGACACCGCGGCAGAAUACCGGAGCCGGGCGCAGGGGCUCCGAGAUGCCGUUAACAGGCACUGCUACUCGCAUGCCGAGGGACUCUACCAGGACGGCCCAUCCUCAAACGAGUAUAGUCAGCACAGUCAGGUAUUUGCCGUUCUGUCCGAGACGACACAAGACACACAGGCACGGGAAGUCAUUAGACGAAUGGAUGGUGCGUCACAGUGCUCCAGCGCAUUACAAUUCUACGUUUUCCGGGCGGUGGAGAAGGUGGGACUUUACGAUGAAUAUUUCUCACGAUUAUUGGAUCCCUGGCGAAGGAUGCUGGCAGACAACUUGACCACAUGGGCGGAAUUUGAACAUCAUCCCCGGAGCGAUUGUCAUGGGUGGAGUGCAGGGCCAAUCAACGAGAUUGUUGGAAUUUAUGGCGUCAGGCCCCAAGGUCAACGGCUUCGGAUCGCGCCUCGGGUGGACCUUUUGUCGCAGGCGGAGGGGACUUUUGCCACUUCUGGUGGUUGCGUUCGGUUGAAAUGGGCGGAGGAUCUGGAAGUGGAGGCUUCUGCGGACCUUGAGGCAGAAAUUGUCUUCCGGGGGUCUGUGUACGAAGUGCUCCUGAAGGAGGGGAAGGCAGUUAUUUUCACCUAA